AUUUCAAAACAAAACUGAAACACGGUUCUGUCUUUAAAAACUAUUUACCUUAACACCAACACUACUGCUGUACAAUAUCAUCAAAUCAAAUCAAAUUUUUUAAAAUUUUCAAGAUUUAUAACACAAGAUCAUCAUUUUUUAGUUUAUUUAUUGAACUAUGGCUUUGGGAAAGAGAUGCAAUUCAAUGAAGUUAAGCCGUGGCGCUGGAUACGAAAAUGAAGAAGCUUUGAAGCGAUUAGGUUGCGUGAGAUUUACGCGUAGUUUCGGGAGGAAAAGGAUUGUCAUUUCUAAUGAGGAUGUCGAAUUAUUAGUUCCGGAUUCGCCUAUUAAAACUCCGAAGCUUCGUUGUUUCGAGCCUGAUGAGAAAUCUUUAAUUGAAAGCUUGCCUCAGGAGAUUCUGAUUAGGAUUAUAUGUGGAGUUGAUCAUGAUGAUUUAAAGCAGCUUUUUCAUGUAUCUACAGCAAUUAGAGAAGCUACUUUGGUGGCUAAAGAAUGUCAUUUCGCCUACAAUACACCGAAAAAGACUCGAAAAUAUUUAAGUCCGUUCGAUUUAGAAAAUCAGAGCGAUUUUGAUGAGUUAAAAGUUCCAAAUGCGCCAAAGCAACGGAAUUUUAAGUCUCCAUUCAACUGGGAAGAUCUAUCCGAUGUAUCGGUUGAUUUAUUCGCUUCUUUCGGGACGGUUCUUCAUGGAAACAGAGGAGAAACAGAGUAGGUUUUGUUUUGUUUUGUAUAUAACACGAAUUUGAAGUUAAUUGUAGAUAGAGAAGAGGGGGAAAUUGGAGAUUUGAUAGUUCUUUUUAUCAGAUCUUUGUUUUUGGGUAGUUUUGUGUACAUGGCAAGAAUCUUUACGGGCUAAAGGUUAAUUUAUUCUUCAACACUUUCCAUUGAAGAUUUAGAUUGGCUUGUUUGUAUCUUUGUUAGUGUACAAUAUAUUUAUUUUAGGGCAAUCUAUGCCCUUUUGGUUCGAUAAAUUACGAGUUUGAUUAUGUAAAUUCGGCAUAAAAUAAAGAACAAUGUCUCGUAUAUUGUUUCGGUUUGUUUA